ACUCCACCCCUCACAAUCUCGCAGCUUUCUUUUACUUUACACGAUAUAUGUUUUACCCUUUUUCUGUUUCCCCCUCACGUCUUCAUCCUUGCAAUUUCACAAUCAAGCGGUGGCAAGGCAGUCAUUAGCACUUAUGCAACUCAGUCAACUUUUUGUUUCCUCUACUUUGAAAGAUUUGGUGAAUUAAAACAUGCUAUGUCUCCAGGAGAGCCGGAUUCUCUUUCUGUUACAGUUUGUUUUCUUUUUGGCUGUCAGCCAUGCUAGAUCCCCACAGCUUGGCAAUUUCUACUUCCCAGACAAGGAGCAAGAACAAUUUCUUAGGUCUCAGACAGAGUUUGCUCUGGUCCACCCGCAGAAAGUUGGCAGGGACGGAGAGUUCGUUUCUCACAAUUUAGCGCAUCACAUAAAGCUGAGGAGUAAACGGGACGUGGAAGUUGCAGAACACCGUGUCUUUUACAAAUUGAACCACAACGGUCAAGAUAUAAUUUUCGAUCUUACUAUCAACCACCAUUUACUGUCACGUGAGUAUUUUCUGGAGUGGAGAUCCGGGAGUCCAAACGCAACCAAGAUGCACUCCUCGACUCUCAACUCUUGUCACUUCAUCGGGACCGUGGAGAACUCCAGUUCUGUCGCUGGGGUAGCAGCUAUAAGCACCUGCAACGGACUGAGAGGAUUCUUCAGCCUGCCAGAGGGGAGCUAUUUCAUAGAGCCUGUGCGUGAACAUGAGCCGGAGGAAGGGGAGCAGCAGCCCCACGUGAUAUACCAGAGCUCCUUCCCACAGCAGCCCCAGAGGCAGCGGCGAAGCGCUGAGCUCCAUCAUGGGAGAAUGCCCUGUGGCCUGAAAGAUUCCUACUUAGACUCUCUGAGAACCGAAAGACGGAGAGAAAACUGGGAGAGAAAACAUUCCAAAGAAGGACGACAGAUUGCUCAGCGCUCUGUCAGCAAGGAGCGAUGGGUGGAGACCCUGGUUGUGGCUGACCCUAAGAUGAUAGAAUAUCACGGCAUUGAAAAUGUGGAGUCUUAUGUCUUCACAAUCAUGAACAUGGUUACUGGGAUUUUUCAUGAUGCUAGCAUUGGCAACGCUAUUCACAUUGUUCUGGUGCGUCUUAUCCUGCUGCAGGAAGAAGAGAAAGGGUUAAAGAUCGUCCACCAUGCAGAUAAUACCCUGGCCAGUUUCUGCACAUGGCAGAAGAGCAUCAACCCCCAAAGUGACACUCACCCUGCUCACCAUGAUGUUGCAGUGCUCAUUACCAGAAAAGAUAUCUGCGCUGGGAUGAAUAAGCCCUGCGAGACAUUGGGACUCUCCCAUCUGUCUGGAAUGUGUCAGGCCCACAGAAGCUGCAAUAUCAAUGAGGAUUCUGGCCUCCCUGUUGCUUUCACAGUGGCACACGAGCUGGGACACAGUUUUGGGAUUCACCACGACGGGCAGGGAAAUGACUGUGAACAAGGAAGGCAUCCCUUCAUAAUGUCUCGCCAGUUACAGUACGAUGCAUCACCGCUCACAUGGUCAACCUGCAGCAAGGACUACAUCACACGCUUCCUGGAUCGUGGCUGGGGUUCUUGUCUGGACGAUCGCCCUUCUAAGAAAGACCUGACAGCUCCAGCUGCUGCUCCUGGGGUUCUGUACACUAUCCAUCAGCAGUGCCAACUGCAGUACGGACCCAGUGCCACCUUCUGUGAAGAAGUGGAGAAUGUUUGCCAAACUCUUUGGUGUUCAGUGAAUGGUUCAUGCCGUUCCAAGUUGGACUCACCUGCAGAUGGAACCAGAUGUGGAGAAGAUAAGUGGUGUAUCUCCGGAGAGUGCGUGAUUGUGGGAAAGCUUCCUGAAACGGUGAAUGGUGGAUGGGGAGUGUGGAGCCACUGGUCUCACUGCACGCGGACGUGUGGAGCAGGAGUUCAGAGCGCGGAGAGGGAGUGUAACAACCCAAAGCCAGAGUAUGGAGGGAAGUACUGCACUGGAGAACGCAAGAGAUACCGCAUAUGCAACACUAAAGCCUGUCCCAAAGACAGGCCCACCUUCCGUGAAAUGCAGUGUAGUGAAUUUGAUACUGUUCCCUACAAAAAUGAGCUGUAUGAGUGGAUUCCAGUGGCUAAUCUUGUAAACCCUUGUGAGCUUAACUGUCGCCCUGUUGAUGAACAGUUCUCAGAGAAAAUGCUGGAUGCGGUAACUGAUGGGACCCCCUGCUUUAUGAACAACAGCAGCAGGAACAUCUGUAUCAAUGGUGUAUGCAAGGCUGUGGGAUGCGACUACGCCAUUGAUUCCAACGCAGUAGAAGAUCGCUGUGGUAUCUGUUUGGGAGACGGAUCUUCUUGCCACACAGUUAGGAAGACUUUUGUUGCGAAGGAAGGCUCAGGUUAUGUGGAUGUGGGCAUGAUCCCAGAGGGCGCAAGGGAUAUUGUAGUGAAAGAAGUGGAGGAGGCUGGGAAUUUUCUGGUUCUGAGGAGUGAAGAUCCGGAGAAGUAUUACCUAAACGGCAAUUUCAUCAUCCAGUGGAAUGGAGAGUACCUGGCGGGAGGAACGACAUUUUACUAUGAGAGAAAAGGGAACCUGGAGAAUCUCACCUCCCCUGGCCCAACACGAGAGCCUGUGUGGUUACAGCUGCUGUUCCAAGAACAAAACCCUGGGAUAGAGUAUGAGUACACGAUAAGAAACAGUCGUGUGAAAGGAAAUGACAUCAGUGUUCUAGAGUAUAAAUGGAAGUAUGGUGCCUGGACUGACUGCAGUGCCACCUGUGGGACAGGCUUUCAGCGGCAACCUGUGCGAUGUUUUGAGACAGAGACUGGAGUUGUAGAGGAGACGCUUUGUGAUCCAGACACAAGACCAUUAGACAGGCAGAGAAAAUGCAAGACUAUGGACUGUCCAGCAAGGUGGUGGGUUGGAAGCUGGCAGCUGUGCUCUGCAACGUGUGGGCCAUCUGGUGUGAAGAAACGCACUGUGCUGUGUGUGCGCACUGUUGGAGAAGAAGAGCGUGUUCUCCCUUUUACAGAAUGCAAACACCUCCUGAAGCCCAAGUCCCUUGUGCCGUGCAACAGAGAGGUGCUCUGUGGCUCCGAAUGGGCUGUGGGGAACUGGAGCAAGUGCUCGGUCUCCUGUGGGGGAGGUGUGAGGUCUAGAUCAGUUAGCUGUGUCGCAGUGGCCACAGAAAAGUGUGACCCAUCAAAGAAGCCCCAUUCCAAGCUUCUGUGCAGCCUACAGAGCUGUCCCUCAAGCCGGAGGACAUUCCCCCCUUCAUUUCUGAAAUUCCGGAAAAUCUUCACAAAGAGCUCCCCCAACAAUGGAACUCUUAAGCCAAGUUCAACAACUCUCCAGCCAGAUCCAAUGACAACCACCCCAACCUCUACAUGGACUACAACAGCUAUGACUAUCACCAGUCCAUCUGUUGUGACCAGCGUCCUUUCUCUCUCCACAUGGGCAAAUCCUAUUGCAGAAGAUACUGUCGACAGUGAGGAUUACUAUUUCAACUUUAUUGUAGUAAAAAAUGGAAGCACAAAGGGCAUUCCUAAGAUCUCUCGAGAUAGUAUCACCAAUCGCAAGGACCCUGAACCAAAUAAUGGUCUGGACGAGGAUCAUGGGAGUACCCCUGACAUUAUAUUUGCAGAUAAGCAUGUGAGAUAUACUCCUGGAUAUGACUAUGUAACGGAUGAUUCCACUUUGACCCGAAAAGAGGCAAAUGAAGGUAGCCCACACAAAGGCAUAAACUCUUCCAGGGAUCUUUACAGAACUACUGCUCCAACACCUUAUACCAGUCAGAGCCCUUUGGCCAGGACCACGCUUCCCUAUCACAGAACUGUUUCAACUGGCAAAACCCAUAUUAAACCAAGUAACAAAUGGUUGACAAGGACAAGGACAGCGACCAUGUCACCCAUUAGAUAUAAGACAAAACUGACAACUCCCACUACAUCUUGGAUGCCUCACUCAGAAACAGAAAAGAUUCAUACAGCUGUCACUGUUUAUCCAACAAUUAAAGUCUUGAAAGAGCACUUUAAGAAGGUAUCUGAUCCAUGGGCAACGAGAAAUGCCACUGCAGCUCCAGAAGUCUAUGGCUCUAGAGAUGGACAUUUCCUCAGCUUUACAGGAAACUAUGAAAACAUCCACGGCAAACCUCACAUCAGCAGGAAUGCUCACUGGGUCAUUGGAAACUGGAGUGAGUGUUCCACGACCUGUGGACUGGGUGCAGUCUGGAGAACAGUUGUGUGCAGCACUAAUAAGGAUUCAGACUGUGAAAACAUCAAAAGGCCUGACCCAGCCAGAAGGUGCCAUCUCCGCCCAUGUGCUGCCUGGAAAAGUGGAGAGUGGAGUAAGUGUUCAGAAGGCUGCACAGAGGCCACAAAAGUUCGUGAUGUGCAGUGCAUAGACACUCAGAGCAAGCGACAGCUGCGACCUUUUCACUGCCAAGCCCUGGCUUUCAAGCCCUCUGUAUCUGCUCCUUGUAACCAUCAGCGCUGCUUGGAAUGGCGCCUGUCACCAUGGAGCAAGUGCUCCAAGAGCUGUGGACCUGGCCUGCGAGAACGCCUUGUAUACUGCCCCGAGUACAAUCGCUGCAACUUGAAAGAAAGGCCGAGUAGCACUGAGCCUUGCAGUGAACGUCUCUGUACCAAGUGGGUUGCUGAUGCCUGGGAAGAGUGCACUGUUACCUGUGGUGGAGGGGUUCAGCAUAGGGUUGUGAAUUGUGUGAAUGAGGAAACCAAGAAUGUAGAAAACAACAGCCUAUGUGAGAAGACAACCAGACCAGACAGCUUUCAGAAGUGUCAUCUCCAGGAGUGUGAAAAAAGCAAGGAGCUGUCCUGCAGCAAAAACCACAUGUCCACUCGAUUCUGUGAAAAACUAAAGUUGCUCGGCCGCUGCUCAGUGAGUUCAAUAAGGAAGCAGUGCUGCUCCACCUGUGCUGCCUGAUGUCACCUCUCGGAUUACAGACAACAUGGUUUCUAGCAUCUGAAUUUCAAAGGACAUUUUCUUAUAAUUCUGAAUAAGGAAUGCUACUUGAAUUUUUUUGUGAUAUUCUUUUUCCUCCUGGAUGUAGUACACACAAACUGUUUUCCUUUGAUUCAGCAAUUAGUUACCAAAGAGGCAGCCACCGGUGUGAAGGUAAAUGUGUGUCAUGGUACAGUAAGUGUGUGACAGCAACCUUAUAACAAGCAUGAUUUCCGACCUUGACUUGUGUCAUCCAGCUGAUCUCCUCCAUCACGUCUCUCUAGAAAGCAGGUGGCAUGCACUUAAAUCUUCGGGCAAGACACCUUUAAGCUGUUCCCACACCAUCACUUUUAUUUAUAGGAGUGCAUGAUACAUAUGCAAAAGAUUAAAGGGGCAAUGAACAUAAAAAGUCUAUGUAAAGUCUUAACAGAGCAAAGAGAGAAGGUUGCUUCCACAGCAUGGAAUGAUUUUAGCUGACACACUUCCCAGAAUUAGACUCUAAAAUGCUUUUGUUUGCAGCUGUCGCAAAACUGACCAAAAACACUUUUUAACCUCUAGCUAUAUCAACAUCAUCAGGCAGGUUUUUAGCAGCUUUUGUAGCCUUGGAAAUAAUGCUAUGUGUGAAGGGAACAUGAUGGAUAUUACUAAUAAUGUGCAUCCUGUUGUUUUAUGUACUUAUGAAGAGUAUUUGUUUUAGUUAUUUCUACGCAAAGUGAUUCCUCUACAGUAGAAGACUAUCAGUGUUUGGCAUAGAACCCCAUUCAACUUCUUUCCUCCAUGAUAGGGGACGUAGUCCCAAAAAUUGAGUGGACUAAGCCACACUUCAGACACUAAAUAAAAUCACAACCUGUUUUUGUUUUUUUUACUGUCACUUUCUUUUUUUAACAUAACUUCUAAUAAUUAAAUUAAUUAAAAUGCUUGAAAACACUUUUUUUUAUAAUGCCAAUACAUCAGUUUCUCUGUUUACAUUUACUUUUACAGGAAAAUGGCAAAAACCAAAUUCAUACAACUGAUGUUCAGGCCAAUUCUGUUUUCUUUUCACUAUUGGCAGUUAAAUUCAAUAGCAACAUACACAACAGGUGUUAUAAUAUAAUAUUGUCAUAGGUCUACAGCAAACUGUAAUGACUAUGGACAGCAAUAAUUCAGACUCACUGAUGGAAGCAAUUUAUGGUAAUUUCAUAGUUACGCAGUAUGUAUCCAUACUCGUUGAUCUUGUAUUUGAUCAUCUAUGAAACAAAUUUGCUUAGCACAGCGUACAAGAAGACCACAUAUUAUCAUGAGACCAUGUGUAUUAAUACACAUACAGUAAUGUUGUUUGUGUGAUUUUAAAACAUCAGGGCCUCAUUGACAUUAUCUGGACAUAGAACAAGUAAAUAGAACAACAAGAAGUUAAUACAUUUUAAGAAAGAAUAAAAUUACAUCUUUUUUAUUCAUUGCAAUGAUUACAGGUGAAGUCACACAUGUUUUUUGACUGUAUGUGUGGGGAGAUCUUAAGUAUUGAAAUAUUUUCAUUUUUUAAAUAUUUUUGAAUAAAAUAAAACUAAAUCAUCCGCACAAAAAAUACAGUGCAUGAUACAAAACUGAUGUAUAUUGUAUUGUACUGGAUGAUUAACAUCAGAGAAUUGGGAGAGAAUCUGAAUUUAACCUGCUUUGUUUUUUCUGCCUCUUUUAUUCAAUGGUGCUAUUAGACAGUGGUGCUCUCAUGAGGUGUUGCAGGUCAUCACCACUCCUGCCUUUAUACAGUGUUACUUUAUAAGCACUGUAAAUACCUUGACCAAUGUUACAUCUGCUGUUUUUUAAAAUAAAUGUUGUCUUGGUAUUUGUACUGGGUGAAGUCUGCUGCUCUGCAUUUAUUGGUGUUCCCAAGAGGUUUGACAUUGCACUGUAUUUGCUCCAUUGAUUCUUGUUUUGGUGAAGUUUACCAAUUUGACAUAAGGCACAUAA